UUAUAAUCACGUCCUUGACGAAACUGAAACAGGACGUUUUAUCUGUAUUACACAGCUAAGAUAAUUAUAUAUCUUACGUCAUUAUUUCAAGGAAAAGUGCGUUGAUAUCAGUUUGAAAGCAUGUUUUGCGCUUCUCUACCUUCAAAUAUGGUAUAGGUAAUACAUAGUAUAUAGGUAAUACAGGUUACGUGUUGACCUAUUAUGAUGGCAAGUAACAACCAACGAUCGGUCUGCAGUAUUUGCUUAAAUAGCUUUCAUGAGCCUAAAAUUCUACCGUGCUUUCACACAUUCUGUUUGGCAUGUUUGGAAGACUAUAUUCUAAGAAUAGUUACGAACAAAGACUCGAAAGAGAUGCCGUGUCCAUUGUGCCGUAGUCGCAUAACAAUUCCUAAAAAUGGUGCAAAGGGGUUCUGCCACAAUUUCUACGUUGCGGAUGACUUGGAAAUAGACAGUGUGGAAGAUGAACAAUUCGUCGCAGGAAGACCAUUUGUAAGUGGGUUUGUAAAUUCUCACCCGAUACCAAAGAAUUGUGAUUACCACAAAAUAACUGAAACAACAAAAGACUCUGCCGAAAUACCCACGGAGGAUAUAUGCCAUAACCACAGCAGCAUUAAAAGGGUGUCGUUUUACUGCACCGCGUGUAAUCAAGCCGUUUGUUCUACUUGUCUUCAAAAUGAACAUAGUGAACACGCAUUUUAUAACUUAGCAGAAGACAGUGCGAUCAUAAGAAGAGAACUCGGCGAAGAAAUUAAAAAAAUGGACGACGAGAUCCCAAAACUGGGCAGGUAUUACAAGUCAUUGAACAGUCAGAUGUCCGACGUCAUCAACUCCAUAAAACAAACAUGUAAAAAAAUCGACCAGCAGGUGGAGAACAUUUGCAUCAAAGUCAGACGACAUGGGGAAGAAUUAAAAUACACUGCACAGUCAAUUUUACGCGAAGAACAAAUGAAGACAGAUAAAAUUAAGGAAGAUAUUGCGAAGUUAUCAGACGAUCUAAGAAUUUGUCGCGUCAAAGCUGCAUCAGUUUUGGAAAUGAAUUCAGUUGUCCAGUUGGCAGACGUUUUGACAAAAACGCGGGAAAAGAUACAUACAAUUGUCAAGACUGCAAAAGAAUGCACUUCUUAUAACGGACGAUGCGUAGAUUUCCAGGUACCCAAUUUUGUCAAUGAUAUAUAUUUAUCUGAAAUGUUGGGGCAGCUUCAAAUUGUAGAUGGUCCAAAUUUCCGGGUUAGUUUUCACUUGGAGCAGGUGACAUCGGAAUAUUGCUGGAGCGAGAACCGAUAUAUUCGCGAUUUACCAUGGUACGUUGGAGUGAGGAAAUAUGAAGAAGAACGAAUGGGAAUUUACCUGAAGUUGAAUAAAACGGCAAAGAGAUGUAAUCCUUUUUCAGGUCAUUAUACAAUUAAACUAAUUAACCAUAAAGAUGAUAACUUGUCAGUGACAAAGAAGUCCAUACCAGAUUACGAUUAUAUUUUUAUACCUGGUGGUAAAGGUUGGGGAUGGAACAGCUUCAUUGAUUGGCAGAAGUUAUCAGAUCCAACAAGCGGUUUCUUGGACGGUGAAAACAAAUUUUCAAUACAAAUAAUGGUAAAAAUUACAAAUCAGUUAAACGGAGAAACUGAAUUAUUCCACGGUGACAAUAAUACUUGCUGUUAGAUUUUAAUUAUUUAUUUACAUUCAAGAUGUUUAAGGAUGGAGUGUUGACAUUUCACACACGCAUAUUUUAAUGUGGUCAUAUAAUAUUGCUGUAAUACCCGUCGGUGUGUCGUGCACAUUUCUUGUUAGCACAUUUACAUUUAGAGGCUACAAUAAUAAUAUUUUUGAAAUUGAUAUUGAUUAUCUUAGAAAUGGUUCCACUAUGUCUUCCUCCAGCCACAGUAGUGGGUCGUUCUAAGGUGCUCCUUUGAGCAGGUUUUGUCAUGAUUUGAUGACAAAAAAGUUGCUGGCCUAUAACUCCCUUAAUUUCAAAUUAAACCGAUCCCAAACUGUACUGCAUAUAGCUUAUCAUAUAAUAAACCAAUUUCCACUGAAAUAAAGAUGAAACGUUACCGCAUAAUUAUAUUUGACUUAAUCCAACUGUUACAUGAAAUAUCUGUCCAUUUUUUAAAAUGGCCGCCGAACCAGAAUUAGAACACACGCAUGAUUUCACAUCUCCGCGAAAAUACAGAAAAACUGUUCGGUAAGAUAAGAUUGAGAUUUCAGUGUUCCACUCUUCACUAUUUGUAACAUAAUUACUUAUUUCCAUGCAAACUGUGAUAUGUGUUGAAGAUUUAGCAAUUGAACCUAUUUUUACUUGUGCAAGGGUUAGUGGUGUGUAUCAAUUGUAGUGGUGAAAAAGACAAUUAUCACCGCUACAAAUAUUGCGGCUAGCAUUAUCUAUCAUUGAAAUGGCGAAUCCUAUUGAAUAUCAACGUUUUUCGAUAAUAACCUUCCGGACUAUUUCCCCGAUUGUGAGAACCUGAAAUUUGUACCAGUUUACUUUAUUCAAUGGAAAAUCCUCCUGAGUUUAAAUGUCCACCCGUCUGUGGUUCACAUUUUCUUUUAUAUAGUACCCACCAAGAGACUACAACAAUCCACAUAGCUUUUUGAAAUUGACAUGGAUUGGUUUUCUCGUUAAAAGGAAGAAAGUCUUGGCAUAGGCCUAUCUUUCUGUAAUUUAUAUUUGGUUGCCAAAUGCCAAUUCAUCCAAUUGAAAGGAAGAAUACUAUUGAUUUUCAAUGAAGUUAAGUUCAUAACUGCACAAAUGACUUUGCUGCUGGUGAAAGUAUGUGUCAUUGCCUUGUAACAUAUGGUUUAUCUCGGGAAUUCAGAUUCAUUAUUCAUGUGGUGUAGCAUGGUUUCGAAAUUUGACCAGAUAAACAUAAACAGGGCCUUCAGAAUCAUUUCUAUCAACAUCACUAAACUCUAAGUUAGCUAAUCACAAUGAUAAGGGAUCUACAUAAUUUAAUGUUAUUCAUAAAUAUUAUAUGAAGAUAUAAACUCUAAGUUAGCUAAUCCUUUUCAUCCAGUGUAUAAAAUUCACAAUGAUUUAUGAUCUACAUAACUUAAUGUUAUUUGUUAUUCAUAAAUAUUAUAUGUAGAUAUAUUUUUAUAUUAUAAUUUAUAAAUUUAGCAUUAAAUCUAUAUUUAUUCUUUGCUCUUUUUUUGUUCAGUCAUUUUUAUAUGAAUUGAAUAUUGUUUAACCUUUAUACUGUCAUUUUCAUAAAUAUUGGAUCUCAAUAUCACAAAACUUACAAAGAAUCAUUUUAAGCAAAUUCUGUUCAUAUUUCUUGGGGAUACACCGAUAAAAAAAAUGUGUUGGUGAGUAGAAUUAAAUGAAUAUGGAGUCUUUGCCGAUCUUGGAUCACAAUGAAAAAGAAAGAACCUAGGGUAUUAAUUUGAACAUUUUAUUUAAUAAUUUUAUUCAUGUAAAGACUAAAAUACUUUUAUUUGAUCUAACAGUAACAUUAAUUUAAUCUAUCUACACAUAUAAUAAAUCU